AUUACGGAAUCCUUAUCACUUUUCAAAAUUUCGCUUUGAUGCUGCUCAAUUUUCUACAUUGAAAUGUGGCAAAAAAAACUCCCAAUCAAAAAUGUCCAGUGUAUCGUGGUCGUAAAUGUGUCGGUCUACGUUGAAUUUUUCUUUAAAUAUUUUUAGGAAUUGAACAUCAAAAUGUCGAUUAAACCGAAAUACCGCCCUGACAUCGUUAAAAAGAGGACGAAGAAAUUUAUCCGCCAUCAAAGUGACCGAUAUGUUAAAAUAAAGGAAAACUGGAGAAAACCCAAGGGUAUCGACAACAGAGUACGAAGAAGGUUCAAGGGCCAGUAUUUGAUGCCAAAUGUUGGUUAUGGCAGUAACGCGAAAACGAAGCAUAUGUUGCCCAACAAAUUCCGCAAAGUCCUCAUCCACAACGUUAGAGAAUUAGAAAUUCUACUCAUGCAAAAUCGUAAAUAUUGUGCUGAGGUUGCCCACGGUGUUUCUUCGAAAAAACGCAAAGCUAUCGUCGAAAGAGCUCAACAGUUAUCUAUAAGAUUGACUAAUGGUAAUGCCCGUUUACGAAGUGAAGAGGCAGAGUAACUGUAUAAUUGAUUUUUAAUAAAAAGUUAAAUUUA